CCCGGAACCUCGGGCCGGGAAGGGUGGACGGGAGGGAAGGAGCGGAGCGUCGUACCCUUUUCCGGUGCCGCACGUGGAAAGCGCUCGGGUUCGGCGGCGUACUGACUGCUAGUGAUGGUCUUCGUUGAUGUUUUUGCUGUCUGAUUCGCUGAGUUCCUCCAGCAGUUUGUGUGUGUGGCUGAAAUUUCCAGCAACUGCAGAAUCUCUAGAGUUUGUGUUGUGUGAGAAGAAAGCUGGAAUAAAAUAAAAUGGUCUUCUUUACCUGUAAUGGAUGUGGAGAGUCUUUUAAGAAAGCUCAAGUGGAAAAACAUUUUAAUAUCUGUCGGAGCUGCUCGUAUCUGUCAUGUAUUGACUGUGGCAAGGACUUCCGGGGAAAUGAUUAUAAAUCCCAUACAAAAUGCAUUACAGAAGAUCAGAAGUAUGGUGGGAAAGGUUUUGAAGCUAAGGCCAAAAAAGGAGAUGUGAAGCAGCAGCAGUGGAUACAGAAAAUCCAUGAAGCAAUGAACGACUCAAAAGUUAGUCCAAGGGUGCGUGAAAUUUUAGAACUAAUGAAUUCUUAUGAGAACAUUCCACAAAAAAAAGCCAAAUUUCAGAACUGGAUGAAAAAUAGUUUGAGGGUCAAAAAUGAGACUCUGCAGGAACAAGUGUGGGAGAUUUUUGCUGCUGCUAUUAGUAAAGAUAAGAAUAGUCAGCAACAAAAUCAGAAGCACGUUCAGAAUGGUAAAGGUCCUUCGGAAUCAGUAGAAGCAAACUCAGAUCAGGUCUCUGCAGCAGAAAAUAAUGAGAAGAAGAAAAACAAACGGGAAAGAAAAGAAGAAAGGAAAAGGAAAUCCAAAAAACAAAUGAAACAGCUAACGGAUGAAAAUUGUUUGGAUCAUAACAAAACAAAUCAAUUGGAAAAGAAAGAGAAGAAAAAAUCUAAAAUAAGGCAUGAUGCAAGUGGAAUAGAAGAAAAUGGCACAGAGGUACAAGAUAUGUGGCAGCAGGAUGGUGAAAACAUACAGGGCAAUGUGAAGAGCAGGAAACGAAAGCAUGCCAAAUCAUCCAGUGCAGGUGAACCCAAAUCUAAAGAGAAGAAAGUUGAAAUUACAGAAACUGAAGAAGUGGAAGAAAAUGAGAUAAAGUCAGGAAAAUUCAACUGGAAGAAAACAAUCAAGGUGCUAUUACGAAAAUCUCCAGAGCAAGAAAUUUCAAUUAAAAAGUUAAGAAAAAAGGUUCUGUCCCAGUACUAUGCUGAAAUUGGUGAAAGUAACUACAAAUCUGAAGCAGAACUCCAAGCAACUUUUAUUAAGAAGAUAAACUGUAACCCCAAGUUUAAAGUACUGAAGGAUAAAGUGAAACUUUUAAAUUAAUGUCUGGAAUGGACUGUUUUACAUUAUUUAAUCAAAGAUUUAAUAUGCAAACAAAACAAUGCUAUUAUGCCUCUAAUUGUAAUUAAUAUUUGCUCUUUUCUCACAUAUUGGAUUAAUAAUUUUGAAAUCAAGAGACCACUGGAUAUUCAUUGUGACAUGAAGAUGCUCUACUGUUUAAUAAAAUUAGCUAUUUUUA